AUGUCUUACUUUGGCUGUGGAUCUAGGCAAACGUCUUCCUCUCGCAGUAGUGGGGCACCUCUCAAACUUUCUAGCUGUGGUAUAUAUGGGUUGGGUGGAGGAUCCAGCACAGGAAGCUUUGGUAGUGGGGCAGUUUGGGGCUCAGGAUCAGGAUGGGGUAGAACUGGUGGUGGUGGCACUGGUGGUUGCUUCCACAUCUACAACUCCAGUCCUGCUGGCGGUGAUGUCGAUCUUCUAGCUGGGGGAGAGAAAGAAACCAUGCAGAAUUUAAAUGACCGUUUGGCUUCCUACCUGGCUAAAGUGCAUGCUUUGGAGGAGGCAAACAGUGCUCUUGAGCAGAAAAUCAGAAAUUGGUAUAAGAAAUCUGCCACACACAUUAACGAAGGACUCUACGACAACAGCAGAUAUAAUUCUUCUAUUGAUGACCUUCGAAAUAAGAUCAUUUCAGCAAGUGUUCAAAAUGCCAGCAUUAUUCUGCAGAUAGAUAAUGCCAGACUAGCUGCUGAUGAUUUCAGAAUGAAAUAUGAAAAUGAGCUGUUCCUCCACCAGAAUGUGGAAGCAGACAUCAAUGGUCUUAAAAAAGUACGGGAUGAAUUGGGUCUGUCUAAGAGUGACUUGGAAAUACAGAUUGAAAGCCUGAUUGAAGAGCUGGCUUUCCUCAAAAAGAACCAUGAAGAGGAGAUGAAGGGCUGGCAAGGCACAGUCUCUGGAGAUGUAAAUGUCGAAAUAAAUGCAGCACCAGGAGUGGACCUGACCACAGUUUUGAACAAGAUGAGAGAAGAGUAUGAAGCUUUGGCAGAGCAGAAUCGCAGAGAUGCUGAAACCUGGUUCAGUGAAAAGAGUAAAGAAUUAAAUAUGACGAUCAAUGUGAGUGCCAAAGAAACCACCACUAACAAGAAACAAAUUGCAGACCUGAGACACACUCUCCAGGGUUUGGAGAUUGACCUGAAAACCCAGCUUUCUUUGAGGCAAUCACUUGAAAGCACUCUUGCAGAGACAGAAGGCCAAUAUUGUGCCCAGCUCUUGCAAAUACAAGGGAUGAUUAGCAAUGUGGAGAACCAAGUGCAACAGAUCAGAGAAGACAUGGAGUGUCAGAAUGCAGACUACAGGCAUCUCCUGGACAUCAAGAUCCGUCUUGAGAAUGAGAUUGAAACAUAUCGACGCCUAAUUGAUGGAGAAGGAAGGGGAGGGGAGGGGUGGCAGCAGUUGUCAUCCAUGACUACAACAGGUCCACAGUGCAGCAGCAUGGGGAGUAGUGAGCAUACAAAGAAAACCAGAGUAAUUAAAACAAUCAUUGAAGAAUUAGAUGAAUAUGGAAGAGUGACUUCCUCCAAAGUUCAGUCUGUUGAAGAAACUCAGGGAUAAAAAAAUACCAACAUUUUAUUCAGAAGCACUU